AUGGCUGAAAGCGACAUUGAAAAGUACCUCAAGCAGACGCACGACCGCGUCUUCGAGAACAACCGCAAAUGGGCCGAGGAGAAGAAGAAGCAGGACCCCAACUUCUUCGUCAGUCUGUCCCAGGGCCAGGCUCCCGAGUACCUAUGGAUCGGAUGCAGCGAUUCGCGCAUCCCUGCCGAGCAGAUCACCGGCCUCGAGCCCGGUGAAGCUUUCAUCCACCGCAACAUCGCCAACAUGGUCAAUAACAUUGACCUCAACGUCAUGAGCGUCAUUAACUAUGCCGUCCGCCACCUCAAGGUCAAGCACAUCGUCGUCUGCGGCCACUACGGUUGCGGAGGUGUUAAGGCCGCCAUGACACCCAAGGACCUCGGUCUGCUCAACCCCUGGCUGCGUAACAUUCGCGACGUCUACCGCCUGCACGAGGCCGAGCUCGAUGCUAUCAAGGAGGAGGAUGCUCGCUACGACCGACUCGUCGAGCUCAACGUACUCGAGCAGUGCCGCAACGUCAUCAAGACGGCCGCCAUUCAGCAGUCGUACGCCAAGAACAAGUUCCCCAUCGUCCACGGCUGGGUCUUUGGUUUCAACGACGGUCUCCUCAAGGACCUGGAGAUUGAUCACGAGAAGAUGCUCCACGACGUUCAGAAGCUCUACCACCUCCCCGGUGCCGACUUCUAA